GCUGGGCCGCCGCUGCCGCGGCCGGUGUUGCCCCGCGAGCGCGGCUACAUGGACCGCAUGAUCGACUAUCUGGUGGGCGACGGCCCGGCCAACCGGUACGCGCUCAUCUGCCACCAGUGCCAGAGCCACAACGGCAUGGCGCUUAAGGAGGAGUUCGAGUACCUGGCGUUCCGCUGCAGCUACUGCUUCGCCUGGAACCCGGCGCGCAAGCAGCGUCCGUCGGCGCCGCGUCUGCCGGCGGCGCCCACCUCCGGCGAAAGCAUGGUCGAGUCGGACACCACAGAGACGAGUGAGAGCGAGACAGAGCCGGACGUGCCGAGCCGGCCGCGGUCGGCGUCCGGGCCGGAGCCGGCCGGCCCCGCAGCCGACCCUGCCGCGACCGAUGCGGCCCAGCCCAGCGCUGGGGUUUCCGAGCCGACCAGCAUCGCUUCAGCCCAGCCUAGCGCUGGACCCACCGAGCCGACCAGCACCGCUACAGCCCAGCCCAGCGCCGGCCCCGCCGAGCCGACCAGCACUGCUACAGCCCAGCCCAGCGUCGGGCCCGCCGAGCCGACCAGCACUGCUACAGCCCAGCCCAGCGCCGGGCCCGCCGAGCCGGCGAGCGCGGACAGUAACCGGCUGGGGUCGAGUUCGGCGGGGGGCGAGGCCGACCCGAGGCCGCCGUCUGACGAAGAGCCGGCACCAGAGGCGCGGGCAGACCCACCGCCGCCCGGCGAGGAGCAGAGCGGUCUGCCGUCUAGUCCAGCGGCAGACGAUCAAACGCAAGAGCGGCGGACUCCUCCGGCGGCCUCCGUCGACACACCGCCGCUGUCACUGGCGGGCGCCGAGCACGUGCCGUUCGCCGACGAUAGCGGCGCCGAGACGUGAUGCCGCCGGCCGACCGGGCCGGCCGGCUGCCCACUCA